AAAGUGAAUUUGUACAAUUCCCAGAGUUACAGAAUAAAAACGUUGUACUUACUGUGUAAAUUCAAACAAAAUAACACGUUUUAUCAUUGGAAACAUUUACUUUUAUUUUUUCAUUAUGUCUGAUAAUAACAUGUUCCGAUUUAUCCGUUUGUCAAGACCCUUACUUUGAGUAUAAGCCGACAAUUCGGUAGUUCAACCUUGUAAAUGAAUCCAUCUUCACAACUGAUAUUUAAAUUCAAAAAUUAUAUACCGAUUUCUGUAUCAUAAUGGUGGCAAAUAAGAAUUAAAAGGUACAAGUUAUCAUACGAUCAAAAAGCAGGUGCGUGAAUGCUGAGUUUAAUAAACACAUGCCAUAGGAGAAAGGCCGUACGGUGCUCGUAAUGAUCCACUUGUAUCAGGACCUACUUCUUGCAGCGGAAGUUUAGUUACAUUGAAAAAAUGUGUAUUUGAUUUCUGUAUGCACGUAUAGAUCAGUGGUGAUAUAUUCAAAUGUAACACGUCAACAUAAUAAUGCAUAUUGAAAUAAUAUACGUUCUGCCCAUUUUUUAAAUGUCGCACUGUGAUUUUUGUUGAGAAUCGGAAAUACUUUCACUGAUAUUGUAUCCCGACCGACAGUAAUAUAAAUCAAUCCUCGAUAUGUCGGAUUAGUAAAUCUUGCUGGACAUGCAAUCUGGCAGACCCGAGAAGCUGGACACUGCACGAACACUGACAGGUGGAAUGAUACAUUAUGGAAUCAGGGAGUAACUUAUUAGCUCACUCGAGUUUACCUUUCUAUCAAAACGGACUUUCUAGUACUACUGUAUCAAGUUUAUUAUCAUCUAGUCCAAGUACUCAAGAUACGUUAAGUCGUACGGCUUUAUCCACCCAGAACGGGUGGCCAUCUAACUAUACAGGUGAAACAGGCAAUUCUUGUUCGAUGGCUUCCUACGGAAAUCUUCAGCUAGGAGCUUCGUUUCCAAUGAAUGGAAAAUCUCCAUAUAAUUCAUUUUCAUCGGCUAGUGCUGACUAUUUGAACUGUAGGCAAAUGAAUCCUCUCAAUCCAAUGAACCAUUUGAAUGCUAUGCCUGCAAUGAGAAACUAUUCACUAUAUGGAGAUAUGUACCAGGCAGCUCAUCCACCCGGGUAUACAAAUGGUGGAUUUUAUCCGGACAUGACACACGGAAUCCCUCCAUUGCCGGGUAGAGAUAUAGAUUGUCGGAGUUCUGUGUCGGAUUCCCCUAACCAAGAAUCAAAAGGAAGAAAGAAAAGAAAACCAUAUACCCGAUAUCAAAGUAUGGUAUUGGAAAAUGAAUUUUUGAACAGUUCUUAUAUAACCCGACAAAAACGGUGGGAAAUUUCAUGUAAACUACAGCUAUCUGAACGACAAGUUAAAGUAUGGUUUCAAAAUAGACGGAUGAAGAGAAAGAAACUAAAUGAACGUGCAAAAGCUAGAAUACGGGAUGACGAUAUAAAAGACGUUUUACCGCAAGGACCACAUAUUCAAGCGUAAUGAUGACUUGUCUGAAUCUCAUGAACGUUUUAACUCAUAAACCACAUAAAUUUUGCAAUGUCUCAUCCAGCGAAAGAAGUGAAAGUUACUAAGGAAAGUUCCUUGUAGAUGUGAUCAGGAGGCACUGUGUCUUGCAGCCUUUUUGAUAUAUAAAGACACAAAAGAACGACAACCGAUCGCAAACAGAACAGGCACAAGAAAAAGAACGCUAAUCUAAUGCGCCACAAUUAAGAGGACGCUGAUAUAUGACAAGUGCUAGAAAUUAAUGUCAAUUAUAUGUAUGUAUGUAUGUUUUGAAAUAAGAAGUUGUGUAUUUUUUAUUUAAGAUAUUUGAUAGAAUGACAGGGAUUUUUUGUUUUGUUUCUUGCCAUAUAGAGUCCAAAUGUAUAUGUAUAUAUUAUAUGACGGUAUUUAAUUUGAAUGAAUGUUUUGAGAUGUUGUUAUGAUUAUUUUUCACUGUCUGAUUUACUCUCAAACAAUUAUCACCAUUUAUUAUUUGCUCAAAUCCACAUUAUAAGAUCUCGUCACUUUUCUUUAAAAAUACAGGGAAGUUUUAACCAGUGAAUUUUGGAACAUUUAAAAUCUGUUAGUAUUUGAACGUCAUUUGAUUAAAAAUAUAAAUCUCUUAAGUUGAUUGAAUUAUAAAUUCAUAUUCUAAAUUUAUUAUGGUGUUGAAUAAUUCUACAUUUAUUUUAAAAGUUAUGUUUUUACAAAGCAAUAUUUAUGUUGUUUAGCACUAGCACAUGUUAGAAAAAAACGGAUAAAAUAAAUUAAUAAUAUUUAAUACAGAAGAUUCUAAAAGGGUGUAGAGUAAUUCUUGAUUUCUGAAUCUAAUUCAUUCACGAUAAAAUUUAAAAAACUUUAACAGAUGGAAAGAGCAUAUCUUUAUUCAAUUUACUAGUAAUAACAAAAAUCUGUCAAUUUGGUUUUGAUAGAAAAAAAUAAACUGGUUUAAAACGAACAGCAAGUAAAUAAGCUAACAAUUCAGAUACACAUGUUUAUUUCAUACAUCCGAAGAAUAAAUUAUUUAAACUUUGUUCUUAAAUAAGGAAUAUCGAACCAAAAAGAAAAACAUAGUUCUCUUAAAAUCCAUUGGGUACUCCAGUAAUUUUUUAAAUGUUGCUGUACUACUUUGGAAUAACUUUUGAAUUUAAUAUUAAGGCAGCAACUAUUUUCUCGAGUCUGUUUUUCUUCUUAAUGUCAUAAAAAGUAGGACAAGAAAGUAUAUGUGUUUCAGGUAUUUUUGUUUACAAAUAGGACAGAGCUACGUUUGACUACCAUUUGCUAAUCUCAACAUGUUAAUUUUGCUUACCUAUGUCGUUAGGAUUCCUUCUGCUUAACGUUUUCCCCUUCUCUAUAUACUAGUACACUCAAGCAGAUUAGAAAUUGUCUGUUUUAGCUUUUUUAAACUCAAGAUAUACUUGAGGGGUAUUAUUUGGAGUUAAGUAAUACCUUUCUGCAAUUUUUUUUUAUGAAAACUAAUGGUUAGUAGGGAAAACCUGAAACACAGAUAUUUUUUACUUUGACCUUAAUAGUACAUUGUCAUUUCUAGCAGUUCAUUAAUCACAUUUUAAACAUUAUUUACACAAAUCACAGGGAGAACUUUCUCUCACAUUAUUUUCACUUUUAUCAUGGGAAGAAAUUUCUCCUGCAAGAUUUACAUGUUUAUCAUAAGGGGAACAGAUCUUCCACUGCAAUAUCAGAAUAUAAUAUAAAAUUAUGUUAAAAUGUCCCAGGUAUUGAACUUGUUUAUUCUUUGAAAGGAUUCUGAAACUUCCUUUACAGAGAUUUAUUUCAUGUUCGAUGGAAAUAAAAUAUUAGGUAAAAUA